CGGACUUUUGGUUUAGCUCAUUGUAUUAUGGAGCUUCUUCAUGUAUUUCUUUUACUCAUUUAUGCGAUUGUCCUUUCAGGAGGAUGCGGCGCAAUGUACCAGGUGUAUGUGAAGUCGGACAAACUGAGUGGUACGUCAGUAGUCGAGCAGCACAAGAUGGUGAAUAACAUCCUCAAAGAACAGAUAAAAAACAUGCAUGGAAUCCGAAUAAUCACAGAAACGUGA